AGCUCGUAGUAGAAUGAAUGGAGUGGCCUGAGAGAACACGAGAGCCUUCAAUCAGACCCACGCAGAGCACCGAGCUCCACACUGGGAUGCUGUGAAGCGGAUUUUUCUUCUCACACUACAAAAAAAAAGAGAAAGAUUUAAAAAACCAGAAGAUUCACUCAGUCGUCUUGAAAGCGCAAUGGCACGAGGAGAGGGCGCGGAGCAGUACUCAGCGACUUUACUGACAGUCAAGCCAAUAAACACUGAAAUCAAACCGGCAAAGCCAAAGAAGCAGAGAAAUCGUCUGUCUGUGUGCAGCAAGCUGUGCUAUGCCUUUGGCGGAGCUCCCUACCAGAUCACGGGCAGCGCUCUGGGCUUCUUCCUCCAGAUCUACCUCCUCGAUGUGGCACAGCUGGAUCCCUUCUAUGCCUCCAUCAUCCUGUUCGUGGGCCGGGCCUGGGAUGCUGUCACAGACCCGACCGUGGGUUUCCUGGUGAGCCGGAGUCGAUGGACCGGCAUCGGCCGCAUGAUGCCCUGGAUCCUCUUCUCCACUCCGUUUGCCGUUCUAACUUAUUUCCUCAUCUGGUACGUGCCUCCAUUUGAGGAAGGGAAAGUCUUCUGGUACCUGGUCUUUUACUGCCUCUUCCAGUCGAUGCAGACGUGUUUCCAUGUGCCGUACUCAGCCCUCACCAUGUUCAUCAGCACCGACCAGAAAGAGCGCGACUCUGCCACGGCCUACCGUAUGAUGGUGGAGGUGUUGGGCACCGUGCUGGGCACCGCCAUCCAGGGGCAGAUAGUCGGCGGCGCCUCCAACUGUCCCACCGAGACCGAUGUUCUGAACAGCACAAACUCAUCCAGAGCCAACAUGACCUCAUCCGUGGCUUCGCUGGAUGAGACAAAACAAGCCUACUUGAUCGCUUCAGGGGUCAUCUGCAUCAUCUACGUGGUGUGUGCCGCAAUCUUGUUUUUGGGCGUGAAGGAGCGGAAAGAGCACGGGAGGAAGAAGUCGUCAGAGCCGCUCACCUUCCGUCAGAGCCUCUGGGUGAUCAUGAGUCACGGGCCGUACGUCAAGCUGGUCAUCGGCUUCCUGUUCACCUCGCUGGCCUUCAUGCUGCUGGAGGGAAACUUUGCCCUCUUCAUCACCUACGCUCUCGGCCACAGGAAGCACUUCCAGAAUAUCCUCCUGGUCAUCAUGCUUUCUGGGGCCCUCACCAUCCCCUGGUGGCACUGGUUUCUGACACGGUUCGGGAAGAAGAAAGCAGUUUACUUCGGCAUCUCGUGGGCGAUACCCUUCAUGAUCCUCAUCGUCUCUAUUAAGAGCAACCUGAUCAUUUCCUACUUGGUCUCCGUGGCAGCGGGUGUGAGUGUGGCAGCAGCUUUCCUCCUGCCUUGGUCGAUGCUUCCUGACGUAGUGGACGACUUCAAAGUUAAAAAUCCAGACAUCCACGGUCAUGAAGCCCUCUUCUACUCCUUCUAUGUGUUCUUCAUCAAGUUUGCCUCUGGAGUGUCCCUGGGUGUCUCCACCCUCAGUUUAAAAUUUGCCGGCUACGUGACCGGGGACUGCGUACAGCCCGAGGCGGUCAGUUUAACCCUGAAGGUGCUGGUCUCUCCUGUGCCCGUGGUCCUGAUUGCUGUGGGACUGUUGAUACUGAAGACUUACCCCAUCGAUGAGGAAAGGAGGCAAUGCAACCGAAAACUACUGCAGGACAUGUUGGACUCUGAAGCUGACUCCGAGUCCGAAAGCUCGGAGCUUGGGAGCAGCGUGUAGCAGCAGAGGACGAGCCAACCGCCACCGCUGCUUCGCAUGUUUGCACAGGCUGCUGAGGGACCACCGGUUAUCUGGACUAACACAGGAGGGACCACAGACCACCGCCGAAGCAUCUUCAGCACAUACACGGCCUCCCUCCAGUGACUCUCACAGGUUCACGUCUCCCUCUGGUGGCAGGCCGCUGUCACCUCGUGUGAGGAGCAUUUUCUGUUGUCCUUCGUCUCCAGCCAGUUGAAUUCCGUUAACAAAAACUAAACAGCGUACACAACACACAAAUCUACGGUGUGUUUUUUUUUUUUUUUGUCAGUGUAAAGCCAAAGUCCCAGCUUCACUUCUUCUCUCUUCACUUUGUCCUUUUUCAGUAGUUUUCUCUCGUUGUUUAGCUGAAACGCGGCAUCAGAACUGUGCGGAUUUUUACCUAAAUGAAUAUGUACAGCUGAAAUGGACAGAAGAAUCAGACCACUAUGUCGUUUAAACAAAGCUCACGUGCACAUUUUUGUUCACAUUCAGCAGCUGCAGCUUCGGUACACUAAUGGACUCCUGGUUGAGUUUCACUCAGCAAAGAGAAAUCUAUUUUUCCAAAGAUGUAAUGUUUACUGACAUGUUCCUGGAGCUUUCUGUUUCUGUUUUACAUCUCCAGCUGUGAGCAGCUCAUUUAUGCCUUUUUUUGGGACAGCAGUAUUCGUCAGUUUCCUUAUUAUCUCUCCUCCUGUUGUGCCUGCACUGCAUCCUCAGAGCCUGGUUAGAAAUCGGUUGGCGUUGAGAGAUUUGAGGUUUCAUUGAACUUCAGUAUUUAUUUGCUGGUUUACAAGAUCUGACCAUCACUCGUGCAGAUUGUAGAGAUGUUACCAGUGGUUUUUACCACGUCUUAGCUGUUAGGCGUUCUGUUCAGAGGCUGCUCUGAAAGAAAUGUACAGUAUGAGCCCUUAUUUAUGAAGGGCAUGGCAGCACUAUUCCACUGAUCGGAGUUGUACGGAGCUUUGCUACAGUUUGUACUUUUUGCUUUUCUACAGAACAUUUCGUAAAAGCAAAAAAAACUUGAAGUGUACUUGAAUACCCUGAAGGAGAAAAGGCAUCUUGCGGUAGAAUAUGAUGUACAGAUUGCUGGUUAUCUGAAUCACUGCCUUACAAACACAUCUGAUCAGUUGCAACUGAGAUUUUCUGGUGAACUCAAACGAUUUAGUUUUAUUUUUUUAUGCUGCUGAGAAACGUUCCACAUCCCACCCUUUUUCUGCUUUAACCUUUCAGCCGAUCUCCAUCAGGUUCAACAGACAUUUCUGAAUGUGCUUUUACAGCAAAGUCAACUCCAGUAUGAAGUCAUUUCAUCGAGCAUGUUCUCGCUCCCCGGGAGGAUAAAUGCGUUAUUUAACUAUUUAUUUAAAUGAACUAUCUAAGGGAUUAUGAGUUUUCUUAUGGAAGCAUAUGUGUAUAAUAAUUUAUUAACAACGACUGAAUGAUUAUUGUUGUGACUGUGUGGACAAGUGAUUUAUGAGUCAUGUGGAAGAACUGAGAACAUCCAAACGGAAGGUGUUUUGUGGUAGAAGUUGCCGUAAUGUCAUUAAGACGAUGCCUUUGCAGAUUUGUGACUCACAAGAACAGCAGCCUAAAUGCAGAUUUACUUUGUUUUUUAAAUUACAAGCUAUGUGGGAAGCACUUGUCUUCACUGUAGAUGACUUGAAGUCACCUCAAAUUAUGUUGUUUUUUGUUGUUGUUGUUGUGAAGAUUUCAACAAAAAAAAUCCUAAUAUAUUCCUGAAAAUUGCACUGAAUGAACAGAAUGAAGCACAUCACGUCUCCCCUGGGCCUCCUUUGGUAUUUAAAUGCUGCUGUUUGUAUGAAGUGUAAAUACUUUUUUUUUUCUCCUGAGUCUGACCAUGAUUAGCAAUAUUUAAAUCAAUGAAAAGAAGAAUCCAAUGUGCUGUACAUUUGUAAUCUUAAGUGUGUGAAUAAAGUUUGUCAAAAUAGAGAAAGUA